GAUGCGUCUCGUGUCUUCGGGCAUUCUAUGCAUGAUGUAAUGCGAACAUAACCAAAAAAAAAAAUCUUGCGGAAAAUAUCUAUUGUUUAUGGAAAGAUGUAAGGAUACACGUCGUGUUUAAACAGCGUCACGCUAAAUCGUAUGGCUCGCGCGUGUUCUGAGAUGGAAAAUUACGCCACGUGUCAAGUUGGAGCUAGUCGUAGUUCGAAUCGGGAAUCUGCUCCGAAAUCAGAUUUCUAGGAGGAAUAAAAAUGGCGAAUGAUGUGAUAAUGAGAGGCAAAGAUAGAUUACAAGAGAUCAGCACGAGAUUGGAGCAGAGUCACUUGGUGUAUCUGCAAACGGACGAUAGCCCUUUAAAGCUACAACAACGACACAAAUUGGAAGGCUUUAUAAAGGAAUAUCUCUGUCUAGUACCCAACGAGAAUAAAUAUGUAUUUCAAGAAACGGCAGAUAUUUUGCACAGAUCGGCGGCAACGUUGACAGAUUUCAGCGGGUAUAGAGCAGCGACAGCUUGGAGUGCAAUUUCCUUGUACGCAGCCAACCUAUUGGCUCAGCCCUGGCGAAAAGAAUAUAGGAUAGUGAGGACGUAUAGCGGCUAUUACAAGCACGAAGUGGAGGCAAAUUUGAUAGGUGCCGAGUUAAUGUUCGAGCAGAUGGGUUACAAGCAUACCGGUUUGGGUGUACUAACCUUGGAAGGGCCGAUCGAUCCUGAUAAGGUCUCAAAUGUCAGUAGAGAUGCUAUUGUAGCUUUCGUGGAGUGUCAGAUCUUGAAACAGAUAUGGGAAAGCGUGUCGCAAAAGUACACCAUCUCUUGGCUGGAGGUGCUGGAGUUUCGCGAGAAUCACGUUGGCACGCCCGAGCAGGCGAUUCGAGCGCUAAAUUAUCGUUUCCUCGAGAAGGUGCAUCAGAAUCGCGCAAAGUCUGACAGCUAUAAGGAUUACUAUCCACCGCAAUCCACGGGCAUAGACGUUCUGCCGUUGCAUCCACCUUAUCAUCACAUUGUGCACGCCAAUUGCAACGCAACAAUGCCGUCAACCUGCCAGACGGAUUAUCGGCACAUCGAAGAUAUGACAAACAUGGCGAUACCGGCUAAUUAUCGAUAUUAUCAACCGAUGAAUCACGGCUUCAUCAAUUGUUGCACCAGUUAUGGCUGCUUGCCCUCUCACGGCAACAGAUUUUACGGUAAUAGCGUGCCGAAUCCGUAUUGCGCCACAUUGCCAGCGUAUGCAGCCCGAGUGCCGACCGGCAGACUGAUUGAACUCGACGUACCGGCGUCCGUGACCAAUUAUGACAAGACGCACGCUCUUCGUAAAUCCACGUCUCACCGGAUAUCGGACUUGGACGAAGUGGACUUUUACAGACGGCAGUCGAGCGACGGGGAUCAUUGCGAACACGGUAAAACCGAUAGAAAAACUGCUAGCAGAUCCAAUUCCAGCGUCGGGAGGGAUGGCUACGAUACGUGGGACUUUGUGUACAGGAAUCUUGAGAGCUUAGGUUACUACAAGGAUCUCGAUGAUCGAGAAGACGUGCUGCAGCAUAAGAAGGAGCUGGAUUCUAUUCGCGCCAAACACAAAACACUUAGACAAGCGGAGAACGAAGAUAAGUAUAACGCGCAUAGAUUCGAGAAGAAGAAAAGCGGUGGCAAGAUCGAGAUGAUUGAGAUGGAUUCAUCUGAAACAAAUGGCAAAAAUCACCAAGAUAUUCUACCUUUCAAAAAGAAAUCCUCCUCCUUCGACUUGUCGGAUUCAAAUAGAUAUAACACCGAUGCGUAUAAUAAAGAUAAGAAGCACAACAGUCAGACCUUGCCGAUUCCACGCACGCACAAAUCCUCCGAUCAGAUAGCGAAGAUUGCGGAUUCCUUAAAAAAUCUCGAUAUCGCGCAAAUGAACAAACAAAAGAGGGAAGAGGAGGAGGGCGAAAAGAGAUGGAGCUGUGCCACGUGCACAUAUUUGAAUAUGCCCGACCGAGACAUUUGCGACAUGUGCGCCAAAUCGAGGUGCAAAGGGAACGAAGACAAGCCGCUCGCCAGCGGCGGCAAAGAGUGUCCGAAAUGCACGCUGGUAAACGAGAAAAAUGUUUAUAACUGUGAUGCUUGUCAUACCAGUCUCAAGGAUUCUCCGACCUACAUAUAGAUAGACUGAAACGACUGAAACUUCUUGAGAGAGAAGCUUCUCACACAUUUGCCACAAUUUACGGUUUGCGCAAAGGUAUCACGUUGCGUGUAACAUGUAAAAUUAUUAACUAAAUGAAUAGUACGUGAGUCUUUUUCAACGACCUAAAAUGAAACUUGAAUACAGAAAAGAGAGGCAUAAUGUUAACAAUACAUAUGAAUCUCGAUCUACGAUAUAUAGAGAAGGUACAAAGAUAUUUAUUGAAAAUUAUCUCACGUAGACUAAGACAAAUCUUGUAAUAUAACGACUUGCUUUUUGACAUUGUAUUAGUAUUAUUACGUUAUGGCCUACAUAUAUGUAUAUGUAUAUACAUAUAUAUAUAUGUAUACAUAUAUGGAGUAUGAGUAUUAAGUGUCAGAUUGUGUAUAGCUAUUAGCGAUUAUCAUCAUAACGUUUGAUAGUUUGUCAUUAAAAAAUGAAAUUUAAUCAAAUAUUAGGUCAAAGCUUAUAAAAUUAAUGUUAUCAAGAGUAAUUAAAAAAUGCGCAAGACGCUGGGAGAUGUUACUUAUUCAAAAAGUAUUUAGUAUUAUACAUUUGCCUUUAUACACAUACAUCUACAUACCCCCUGUAUAGCUGUACAAUUACUUUUCUAAUUUAAAUUAUUGCUCGGGAUUUGAUACAAAUUUCGUUUUUUUAUUACAAACUGAUUUAAUUUAGUUUCUAAAAGAGACUAUCGCAAUAAAUUGAAAGAAUUAAGUAUUGUUAUCAUAAUGAAUAAAUUUUAUAUAGUACCACUAUACGAUCGACGAAAUUAUUUAAAAAAAUUAGGGUUAAUAGAAAGAGAGACAUUCUUCGGUCUGCAAAUGUAGUCUAUGCAAUGUUACAAACUGAAGAAUUGUUUUUUUAACAAGUUCUGCGAGAGGAAAUAAGGUAUUUGCUAUAAAAAUACAAGAAUGUUAAAGCUUUACCAGAAUGUAACUAUAUAUAUAGAAAAUUAUUGCAUUAAUGGUUGCGGAUUGUUAUAACUACUGCAAUGAUACACAUUGUGCUAUAUAACCAGAAGAAAUCAUUAUAAACAUAACAAGGAUUUAAUAUAAUUGAGUGCAUUCUA